AUGGCCAGCUACGGCGCGCAGAAGCGCCUCCAUCUCCGUGGUGCCGAUGGCGAGGUUGAGGAAACGGUCGCCAAAGGCGAUGUCACGCUCGCUGAUAUUGCCCGUGGCGUCAAGUCGCCUGGUGUUGCCCGUAUAGAGGCCAUUUCCGCCAGCCUGACCAUGGUCGACCGCAUCAUCAUCUUUUUCAGCGCCUUCAUCCUUGCGUAUGCCUACGGUCUCGACGGCGGCUUGCGCUUCAACUACCAGACCUACGCCACAAACUCCUUUGGCAAGCACUCGUUGCUCUCCACCAUCAACGUCGUCAGAGCCAUCAUCGCCGCCGCCGCCCAGCCCACCGCCGGCAAGCUCGCCGACAUUUUUGGUCGCGUCGAGCUCCUCAUCUUCUCCGUCGUCUGCUACACUGUCGGCACAAUCAUCGAGGCUGCCUCAAAGAACAUUGGUACCUUUUGCGCCGGUAGCAUCAUUUAUCAGCUUGGCUACACCAUUGUCAUUCUCCUCGUCGAGGUCAUUGUCGCCGACAUCACCACGGCCCGCUCCCGUCUCUUCUUCAGCUACAUUCCCGCACUGCCCUUCAUCAUCAACGCCUGGAUCACUGGUGAUAUUCAAGCCUCUGCUACCAAGCACAUAACUUGGAAUUGGGGCAUCGGCAUGUGGGCCAUAAUUUAUCCCAUCUGCGCUCUGCCUCUCAUCAUCAGCCUCACCUGGGUCGGCAUUCGCGACAAGGUCAGGGAGCGCGGUCUGUUUGGUCACCUCUCUCAGUCCUUCCGCUCUACCAAUCCCGUUGCGCGGACCUCAGGCAACAACGUCUUUGUCCGCUUCUUCAAGUUUUCCAAAGAGCUUUUCUGGGCCCUCGACGGCAUCGGCAUUGUCCUCCUCAUUGCCGUCUUUGGCCUCAUCCUUGCUCCCCUCACUCUUGCUGGUGGCACUGCAGGCGGCACGCCUCCUAAGUGGGGGUCAGCCGGUAUUAUCGCUCCCCUCGUUAUUGGCGUCUGCUGCAUCCCCGUCUUCGUUCUCUGGGAGCUGCGCGCCCCCGUCCCGCUUGUCCCCUUCCGCUUCAUGAAGGAUCGCUCCGUUUGGGCCCCCAUGGGUAUCGCCGUCUUUCUCAACUUUGCCUGGACCAUGCAAGCCGAUUUUCUCUUCACCGUUCUCCAGGUUGCAUUCGACUUUAGCGUCAAGUCUACAUCUCGCAUUGCCCUACUCUACUCAUUUGUUAGUGUCAUUGUCGGCACCUGUCUCGGUGUCAUUGUCUUCAAAGUCCGCCGUCUCAAGCCCUUCAUCAUUGCCGGUACUUGUCUGUUCAUGGUUGCUUUUGGUCUGCUCAUUCAUUUUAGAGGAUCUGUGGACGCCGAUAGCGCGACGAGAUCCGGUGUCAUUGGUGCGCAGGUCGUGCUUGGUUUCGCGGGUGGUCUGUUCCCCUACACUACGCAAGCCUCUCUGCAGAUUCAGGUGCCCCACGAAAAGAUGGCUGUCCUCACUGGUAUCUUCCUCGCCACGUAUAACAUUGGCUCGGCACUCGGAUACGCUGUUGCUGGCGCCAUGUGGACGCAGCUGCUGCCCCAGGAGCUUGAGAACCGCUUCGCCCCCAUCAACGCCACCAUGGCUCAAGAGGCUUAUGGUUCGCCCCUCACCUUCAUCGUCAGCCACCCCAUUGGCACGCCUGAGCGAACGGCCAUGAUCCUCGGAUACCAGCACAUCCAGAGGCUGUUGACUAUUACUGGUAUCUCGUUGUGUGUGCCGCUCAUCAUCUUUGCCCUUCUCAACCGCAACGUCUACCUCACCGACGAACAGAGCUUGGUCAAGGACUCGGAUGUGUCCUCCUCCGACGAGGAGGUACCCCAGACACAGACGCACCUUGGCGGUGUCGAGAAGCACUAA